AGCUUGUUUCCCAAACUGUUCUAUUCUAUUUCUAUUUGAUUCUUCUUUCAAGGAUUUCUUCCAUUCUACUCUGAUCACUAGUAGGAUGUUUAAGUUUUGAUUGAUUUCUUUGAGUUCUUCUCGAGCUUUUUAUGUAACCUCUGUUUUAAUCACGGCGCUUGUUUUAGUUAAUUUAUCUGCUCAUUUUAAAACCGACUUUUCCUUUUUGUUUGAUUUCCGAUUUCGAUUGAUUUUUAGGAAAUCAUUUCAACUGUUAUCCCAAAUAUUUUGAUUGUAACGACAAACAAAGAAGAUAACACCGGCUUCAUCGGAGAUUUCUUUUCAAAGACCGUCAUUUCAAUUCGAAUCAGUCUACAAAGCGUUCAAGGAAACUCAGUUUGGGUAUAAUACAUAUAUAUCACGGAAAGCCAUUCAUCAUGCGUUUUUCAGAUCAAGUGUUUGAAGAACUUCAAAUGCAACCACAAAGUCCGACUCCAUCCACUUCAUAUCGACCUCAAACCCCAUCAUUAAUUUAUGAAAAUGGUGGGAUCAUCACACGAAAACAUGCUAAAUCUAACUCACAAUCACAUUUUAAUUCAGAUCAAAACUUAUCUCGUUAUGCAUUACAAAAACGAUUAGAUGCUCAACAUUCUUUACGUUCUCGUCGUCAAACCGGUACUUCAUCUGAAGCUGAAUCAGAUGGAUCUCUACGAUUUCAUUCGAUUUCAACUACACCUUCUUCACCUCCCUUAUUACGAUCUAUACCUUUAUCUAAAUCAACCGAAUCUAACAGUACCCAUCCGAAAUCAUCUUCAGAGAUCAUUGGUCGAUUAAAUAUACCUGAUCAUCAUCCUAAACCGAGUACGAAUUCUAGAUCAUUCAGUCGUGCUUCGUUUCGUUCGAUCAGUUCGAUUG